UUUAUCUUUUUCAUAGUGAUUUGCAUAUUUGCUGUCUUGAUUUAUGCAUUUAAAUUUUCCAUAUUCUUUAUUAUCUUCCACACUACUUUUUCUUAAUUUUAAGUUGUGUUUGAUAAGUUAGAGAAUUUUAUUUUCAUUUAUAUGUAUAAGUAUUUUGCCUUUAUGUAUGUUUGAGCACCAUGUUCCUGGUGUCUUCCGUGGAGGUCAGAAGAGGAAAUCAGAUUUUCUGGAACUGGAGUAGGACAUGGUUGUGAGUUCCUAUCCCACACCUGGAAUUAAAACAAUAACAUGUUCACUUACCGUAAUUGGGUUUUUUAACAAACCCAAACUCUUAUUAAAACUACCAGUAGUUGCACUUCCAGAAAAUCUGAUGCCCUAUACUGACCUUCAAAGGUCAUAAAUAAUAUUAUAUAAAGAGGUUUGUAUAACUUUUUAAAGUGAUGUAUUGUGCCUGUGACUGUGCUGUGUAUGGAUGCCCUAUAGGCCAGAAGUAUACGAUCUUCUAGAACUGGAUUUAGGGUACUUGUGGACUACCUGACCUGUAUCCCAAGAACCAAAUGCAGGUCCUCUUCAGAAAUCAUAGACAUUGUGGACUCCAAGCUCCUCAGCCUGGACCCAGUGAGUUUUGAAGUGUCUGUUGUAUCAUCAACUCCUCUUGAACCUGAUUUUCUUGGUGUGUUGGUUCACAGUGAAUGCUGAGAUCAGGGGAGAGGAAGGCUGUCCUUUUCAAUGAAUAGUUCUUACUGUCUGUGAGCCUUUGUUUGCAGUUGAUCCCUGUCAACAUGAUCUGACUCACAGUUUGCAUCUACUGCUUUAUAAGGUAUUUCAUUGUCUUCCCAAGCAUUCAAUGUGCUAGACUAGGUUGUCUGACAUUUUUUUUUACUUUUUAUUAUAUUUAUUAAUUCGUGACUGUGACAACUACCCCAUUUUCCAAGAAAGUUUUCUCUUGAUACUGCUACAGUGUGCUGCAGUAUCAUGGUAAGGGGCUGUAAGUGGCAUGAAACAUAAGGACCACAAUUUUUAACUGCAAGCCAUGAUGGUGUGUAAUGAUUAAAUGAAAAUAUUUGUUAUGGAUGGUCAGAUGAAGAUUCCAAAAUAUCAUAUCUAAGGUAUUUUCAAUUGUUUCUCCUGUCUUCUUGCAGUAUUUGUGGCUAUAAACAUUGUCUUGUGCAUGAUUUUAAAUGUCCCAUUUUUAAUUCCUCAUUGCAAUUUUGGUUCCAGUCAUAUCAUGAAUGGAGUGAUCAUGGAGCAGGACAAGCUGGCCUGCUCCUGUAUUGAUGAGAACUUCACAACUAACUAUAAGAUGUUGGCCACCCUGGUUGAAGGGAACUUUUUAGAGGUCUAACUGGAUUUCCAUGUCCCCACACUGAUCUGUGUGGCUGUAAACAUUUUCCAAAACGUCAAGAUAUAUGUCUUGCUUUUCUGCAGGAAAAUCAGCAAUGUGAAAUCACUUGACCAUCCUAACUUUAUCAAGCUGUUUCACAUGGUCAGACAAGAGAAAACACCUACCAGUUGAAGGAUAAUGCCUUGGAUGGAGAGACACUAGAACAAGUCAUUGAAGGUGGGGGUCUUUAGAGGAAAGUCUCUAUGCAAAGUUCAAAGGAUGUUUGCUGAGAUAGUACAUGCUGUGCAGUACUGCCAUGACCAUCACAUUUUCCACAGAGACAUAAAGACCAGCAAGCUGUUAAUCGACAGCAGUAGGAACGCCAAGCUGUGUGAUUUUGGCCUGGGCAGAAGCUAGCAGAUUUCUGGGACACACUUCCUUACAGUGCCCCAGAAUUUUAGCAAGCACAGGAACAUGAGAGCUGCCCUGUGGAUAUCUGGAGUUUAGGGGUCCUCCUGUUCUUCAAGGUGGCCAGGAUCUCACCUUUCUGAGGCAAGUAUUUUGCAGGUGUGAAACUGCAGAUUAUCAAGCACCACAAACUUUAGCAUUCCUUUUUAUGUUUCCAUUUAUUUUUUAAGGUCAUCAUUGAACUAUUGAUUGUCAAUUCCAGAAGAAAUCCCACCAUCCACAAAAUCAUGAUGUGCCUCAUGAUUAGUGAAAGUGAGGCAUGUUUAUUACCUCCUUCCUGUGUAUUUCUGCUUUGAAGUUUUGAAGAGGACCAGAAGCCAGGCAGUAGGAAUGUACAGGCUCUUUUAACAAUUUGAUGCUCACUCUAACCCUUACGGAGGUGCUCAAGUCUCUCAAGACUACUGGCCAAUCAGAGUUUUCACUGGACGUGCCAAUCAGAAGAGAAGGCGGGCAUUUCCGGGUGCCUUGUUGCAGGAUUCGCUUAGUCGCCAAGCCUUCUUAAAUGGUCCUGCCUGCUGUGCUCUGUGUCCCGCGGUUGGAUUCUGUGAGGCAUGCUCAGGCAAGCUCCAAAGUUGCGACAUGGGCUCAAAGUGAGUCUUAACUACCAGGAGAUCCCCCAAGUGAGGAAUGAGAAUGGAGUUCGAUACAAAGGCAAGAGUUUAUUUUCGGGAGUGUCGGGGUCAACCUUCAGUCAGCCCCUCGUAGCGAGGGACUGGAAGGUGACCCCAAUGGCUGUGACAAGCAGUUUUUAUACUUUCAGAGGUACAGGUUACAUUAGCAGGUUUACAGUUCACACUUAUAUGGCAUGCCUUUGAGCUCUUCAUCUGGGACCAGAGGGUCAGGCUACUAUCAGUACAUUCUGCAGGAUUUUCAAGAAUGUCCCUGCUCCUCCCAAGAACUGUGGUUGGAGAAUGGAACUUGUCCUAGCCUUGGCCUGAGGCAUGAAGCUGGGUCGUGCCCUAAUCUUAACCAGAGGCAGUUGAUGUAAAGCUGGCAAAAGCCCUUAGGGUCCCUAUAACUUACCUACUUUCCACCAGGCCAAGCCUCCUGAUAGCUCUUAGGCUUCAGUAAGAACUAGGGUCCUUCAACCCAUUCUUCAGUUGAGGUACUUUUCGGUUGUUUCUAGGUUCUGGCAAGUGUGAAUAAAUAUGCUAUGAACAUAGGUGAGCAAAUGGCCUUGUGGUAGGGUGGAGCACCUUUUAGAUAGAUGCCCAAGAGCUUUAUAGCUGUGAUUUGAGAUAGAUGGAUUCUCAGGGUUCUGAGGCACCAGGACUCUGAGGAAAUGCUCAUUUCCAUAGUGGCAGUAUUAGUUUGCACCCUACAAGCAUGGACAGUUGUUACCCAUUCUCUACAUCCUUACCAGCAUGACUUGUCACUUGUAUUGAUCUUAGCCCUUCGGACAUAUGCAAGAUAGAUUCUCAAAGUAGUUUUGACUUUCAUUUCCUUGAUUGCUGAGAUGAUAAUGAUUUAAGUAUUUCUCAGCUUUUUGAGAUUCCUCUUUUGAGAAUUCUCUGUUUAGAUUUAUACCCCCCCCCCUUUUUUUUUAAAGAUUUAUUUAUUUAAUGGGAGUGAGUUCACUGUACCUGUCUUCAGACAGGCCAAAAGAGGGCAUCAGAUCCCACUACAGAUGGUUGUGAGUGACCAUGUGGUUGCUAGGAAUUGAACUCAGGGCCUCUGGAGGAGCAGUCAGUGCUCUUAACCACUGAGCCAUCUCUCUAGCCCCUAUACCCCAUUUUUCAAUUGAAUUUUUUGCUUUACAAUGUCUAAUUUCUUGAGGUCUUCAUGUAUUUUAUAUAUUAGGCCUCUAUAAGAUAUGGAUUUGUUUAAAAAAAUAUUUUCCCAUUCUUUAGGCUGCCAGUUGACUGGGAUUCUGCCACUUCUAAUCCCCUUUAUAUAUUUAUUUUUUUAUUUAUUGGCAAAGAGGAGAAACAGAAUACACGGGAUGAGAAUUGGCCUGUAAUUUCUUAAAAUUGUUAUUACAAUCUUGUAGUUCGUGUUUAAAACAUUUACUGUCUCUCUUUCUAUCUCCUUUCACUUUAGGUACCAUUUACGUUGUGUGAUUCUAUUCAUUAUAAUCUAAUUAUAUUGUUUCUCUGGAAAAUGAAAGACCUUCACCUACAAUUUGAUCUUCUGAAAAUUUACUAUGUCAUGAGUUUCUUGAGGUUUUGAUAGUUUGGGAAACAGUUUUAGUGUCCUCUUCUGAAGGCUUGCCUCUCCUCAUUUCUUGGCAAAUCUGUGUUUUCCAGUUGUUGCAAUCAUCAAUUUUUGGGUUUUGUUUGUGUGUGUGUGUGUGUGUGUGUGUGUGUGUGUGUGUGUGUGUGUGUGUGUGCGUGUGUGUGUGUGUGUGUGUGUGUGUGUUGUGUAUUGGUUGUACCUGAUUAGUCAGCUUCCUUCAAGUGUUGUCUUGUCUUCAACAUUAUAGACUGUAACCCUAAGUCACAUAAGAUGCAGUUGAAGCAAUUGCUAUUCAGUCCUAAGAUAUUUUGCAAGCUUGGUGUUUUUUUAUAAUUUUAAUUUUGUUUUUGUUUUUUGAGGACAAAAUUUCUCUAUGUAGCCCUGGCUGUCCUGAAAGUAGGUAUGUAGAACGUGCGGCCUCAAACGUAAAUGGUCCACCUGACUCUGGCUCCAGAGUGCCAGGAUUAAAUGUGGGCCAACGUGCCCAGCUUUUUCUUUAUUUGUUCGUUUGUAUAUUAUUGCCUGAUGGGUUGGACUGUGGGUUUUGGCACAUGUCAAGCAUAUGCUGCUGUGUUGAUCUUCAUCCACGUUACGAAUUUUGAAAUUUGAUAGAGAGCAUAUUCUGUUUCUCAGGAUGGCAUGUAUUAAUGACAUUCAUACAUAUCAUUCAUGACAUUCAUAUGCACAUCAUGUAUGCCUAAUCCCCAUAAUAGUCAGAAAAUGGGUUCAGAAUUCCUGAACUUGGACUAAUCAAUACUUGUGAAGCUCAUUUCUAACUACUGGCAAUUGAGGCCAAUUAUUUUAAGACCAGCAAGACCUCUUCACUGCUGAGCCAGCUCCUGUCCUAUGUUGCUUAUUUAGGAUCAACAUUUACAUUGCCAAUAUUUUCAGUUAUCUGUUUGUAUCUGUUUAAACAUUCAUUCCCUUUUAGUAAGAUCUCAUUACUGUUACAGUUUAAACUGGGCUACCUCAAGAUUCUGGAAGAAGAAUACAGAAGUGCAGUGAAUGUAAUUCUUUGUAGGAACUCUAGUAAAAACCUCUGACUCCUUUCUAUCUUUCUUGUUUGUUUGAUUGAUUUUUCAUAGGAGAGACAGGGUCUUAAUAUGUACCUCUGUCUGUCCUGGAUAGACCUCAGAUAUACCUGCCUCUGCCUCCUGAGUGCUUGAAUUAAAGACAUGAGCCUAUAUGCUCACUUGAUAUUUUUUUGCAGUUAGUAAUUGUUCAUACAAUUUCUCUGUGUGCUCAAUACUGCGCCUCCUCCUCUCCAUUAAUUAGCAUUUCUCUUGCAAGGCUAUAUCCUACUCAAAGAGCAAAGAAAUGACAGAGGUGAACCUUAUUACUCAGUUUUCUUCUAAGAUGAUUUGGUAAUUACAUUAGAACAUCUGGGUCAAGAAAUAAGUGGGUUAAGCACCAGAAGCAUACAUUUACAGUGAUAUCGGUAUCAUGGUUACUGUUGUACAAAUGUAUGGGAUGUUUCAGGACGCAUUGACCUAUGAUGAUGUACAUGUGAACUUCACUCGAGAAGAAUGGGCUUUGCUGGAUCCUUCACAGAAGAGUCUCUACAAAGAUGUGAUGCAGGAGACCUACAGGAACCUCACUGCUAUAGGUUACAAUUGGGAAGACCAUAGUUUUGAAGAACAUUGUCAAAGUUUCAGAAGAUAUGGAAGGCAUGAAAGAUGUCAUACUGGAGAGAAACCAUCUGAAAAUACUCAGUGUGGUAAAGCCUUUGCACAACAUAGUCAUCUCCAAAGACAUAAGAGCACACAUACUGGAGAGAAACUCUAUGAAUGUAAGCCACGUGAUAAAGCCUUUACAUACGAUUCUCAGCUUCAAACUCUUGAAAGGAUUCAUAGUGGAGAAAAACCCUACAAAUGUAAUCAAUGUGGUAAAACCUUUGAACGCCGUUGUAAUCUUGGAAGGCAUAAACUAAUACAUACUGGAAGAAAAUCCUACAAAUGCAAUCAGUGUGGUAAAGCCUUUGCACGACACAGUCAUCUCAAACUGCAUGGAAUAACACAUACUGGAGAGAAACCUUACGAAUGUGAUCAAUGUGGUAAAGCCUUUGCAUCUCAUAGUUAUCUCCAAGUACAUAAAACAAUACAUACUGGAGAGAAGCCCUAUGUGUGUGAUCAAUGUGGUAAAGCCUUUGCACAUAGUCGUCCUCUUAGAAGGCAUAAAAUAAUGCAUACUAGGAAAAAAACCUACAAAUGCAAUCAGGGUGGUAAAGCCUUUGCACGACACAGCCAUCUCAAAACGCAUGGAGUAACACAUACUGGAGAGAAACCUUACAAGUGUGAUCAAUGUGGUAAAGCCUUUGCAUCUCAUAGGUAUCUCCAAGUACAUAAAAGAAUACAUACUGGAGAGAAGCCCUAUGAAUGUGAUCAAUGUGGUAAAGCCUUUGCAUCUCAUAGUCAUCUCCAAGUUCAUAGAAUAACACAUACUGGAGAGAAACCUUACAAGUGUGAUCAAUGUGGUAAAGCCUUUGCAUAUCAUAGUUAUCUCCAAGUACAUAAAAGAAUACAUACUGGAGAGAAGCCCUAUGUAUGUGACCAAUGUGGUAAAGCCUUUGCACAUCUCCGUCAUCUCCAAGUUCAUGGAAUAACACAUACUGGAGAGAAACCUUACAAGUGUGAUCAGUGUGGUAAAGCCUUUACAUCUCAUAGUUAUCUCCAAGUACAUAAAAGAAUACAUACUGGAGAGAAGCCCUAUGUAUGUGACCAAUGUGGUAAAGCCUUUGCACAACUCAGUCAUCUCCAAGUUCAUGGAAUAACACAUACUGGAGAGAAACCUUACAAGUGUGAUCAAUGUGGUAAAGCCUUUUCAUCUCAUAGUUAUCUCCAAGUACAUAAAAGAAUACAUACUGGAGAGAAGUUCUAUGAAUGUGAUCAAUGUGGUAAAGCCUUUGCAUCUCAUAGUCAUCUCCAAGUACAUAAAAGAAUACAUACUGGAGAGAAGCCCUAUGUAUGUGAUCAAUGUGGUAAAGACUUUGUAGUUCAGAGGGAUCUUAAAAGACAUAAAAGAACACAUACUGGCGAGAAACCUUACAAAUGUAAUGAAUGUGGUAAAGCCUUUGUAUGGAAUGGUAGUCUCCGAGCACAUAAAGUAAUACAUACUGGAGAGAAACCUUACAAAUGUAAUGAAUGUGGUAAAGCCUUUGCAUGUAACACUAGUCUCCGAACACAUAAAGCAAUACAUACUGGAGUGAAACCUUUCAAAUGUAAGCAGUGUGGUAAAGCCUUUGUAGGUCAGAAUUACCUUAAAAAGCAUGAAAGAAUUCAUACUGGAGAGAAACUUUAUGAAUGUAAUGAAUGUGGUAAAGCUUUUGUAUUUGAUGCUAGUCUCCGAAAACAUAAAGCAGUACAUACUGGAGUGAAACCUUAAGAAUGUAAGCAAUGUGGUAAAGCCUUUGUAGGUCAGAAUGACCUUAAAAGGCAUGAAAGAAUUCAUACUGGAGAGAAACCUUACAAAUGGAAUGAAUGAAUUAAAGCCUUUGUAUGUAAUGCUAGUCUCCGAAAACAUAAAGCAACACAUACUAGAGUGAAACCUUAUGAUUGUAAGCAAUUUAGUAAGUUCUUUGCCUCUCAUGAUCAACUUUGACAACAUGAAAGAAUUCAUACUGGAGAGCAACCUUACAAAUGUAGUCAAUGUGGUAAAGCCUUUUCACAAUCAAGCCACCUCCAACUACAUAAAAGAACACAUACAUACUAAAGAGUAACCCUAUGAAUGUAACCAAUGUAGUAAAGCCUUUACUGUGAUCUUCAAAGGUAUGGUGGUUUAAAUAUACUUGGCCCAUGGCAAGUGGCAGUGUUAGGAGGUAUGGCCUUUUUGGAGUAGAUGUGGCCUUUGAGGAUGUAAGUCACUGUGGGGGAGGGUGGGCUUUGAGUCCCCAUGCUUAAACUCUGCCCAGGGCAGAAGAGUCUUCUGGCUGCCUUCUGAUCAAGAUGUAGAACUCUCUCCUCCAGCACCAUGUCUGCUUGGACACUGACAUUCCUUCCACCUUGAUAAUAGACUGAACCUCUGAAUCUGUAUACCUCCCCUCCCCCCAAUUAAAUGUCCUUUAUAAGAA